GCACGUGCACGGAAUGUUGAAUCUUUUCAUUGGACGAAGAAGAAGAAGAAUGUUGCCAUUGCGUACGGCAGGUUAGAACCAUUAGGGCGUUCAUCGCUUUCAUUAUGACCUCUAUGUUGGAACAAGGAAAGCGGCGCGCCGCCAAGGACUCAGGGGUUAACAUCCGACAAAAGUCCUCCACUUCGCUGUUCCAAUACGCUGCGUCAGCACCACCAGAGAACCAGGACAGCCCUUCGCCACGUUACGGCAGAACAUCACCAACCCAGUCGCCAAAAAGCGUCCCGUUCCCACGCACUGUCAAGAAGCCACCAUCUGAUACAGCUAAAGACAGUCGUUUACCUCAACACGAGAAGCGCGCCCGAUCGCCUCAUGCGCAAAAAGGCAGCCCUUCACCUCGCCUCUCCGGAAAACACACGUCGCGCUCACCUAAAGACAGCCCUUCACCUUUUCGUUUCAAGGAUGCCGGGACGCCGAGUCCGCAGCUGUUCAGCGGUUCCGCUUCACCGGCUCCAGGAACACCACGGGCAACGACACCAGAAUCGGCGUCCAAACUGGAGAGCAACGUCCCGCGCCCUACCUCCAGACGUUACCGAACGUGUGUCGUGGUCGCUGUCGUAUCGUGUAUCCUUCUUAGCAUUCCGCUGUACGCUCUGAUCGCCAGAAGCCUCGCCUCUUCCGAAGUAGAAGUCUGCAACACGAGCUCGUGCCACGCCUACGCGGGAAUCGUUAUGAUGACACUCAACUAUUCCCUGGACCCAUGCAAGAAUUUCUAUCGCCAUGUCUGCGACGGAUGGAGCAGGAGACGAAAAGCGCCUCCACGAAGGGCUCAGGUGGACACCUACAUUGAUCUGGUUAGGAAAUCUGCAAGUGGACAGGAGAUACCGGCUCCAACAAGCGGCCAGUCGGGAGAUCAAAAGGCAGUCGCUUUCUACAAGUCAUGUACAAACGUCGUACAAGGUGCCAAGGACGAACUACCCGAAGUCAAGAAGAUCCUAGCUAGAGUCAACUUGACUUGGCCGCACAUCUCCACCAGUGCCAACAUUAUCGAAGCUAUUUUUUACAUAAACCAUAAACUGGACAUUUCUCUGCUCCUCGAUGUCGAAGUACGUGCGAACUCCACCCAUGAGAUAGUUGCACUCUCCGCACCGUCAUACCUGCUGCAAGUCAUGAAGCGAAUAGAUGAACUUACUGCCUCCGACGAAUACGAAAAUUUCUUUACCGAUCUCUCGAAGCAUUUCGCUGCACCGGGAAAACCAAUUGUCACGUUCACCGAACAAAUUGAGCUCCAGACGCUGUUUUUCCAAGCAUUCCGCAACAUACUAGUUCGAAGCAGUGACUCGGCGACAAAGAGGCACUACAGCAUAGAAGGACUGGCCACUAUUACAACGUGGUCGGGAUAUUCCGAGCAGCGCUGGAUGACAGCGUUUCGCGAACAACUGGGCAUUCUUGGUAACAAAGCGAUAAAUAUCGAAUUCACUGAAAGCGGACACAAGAUUCUAAUGGCCAUUCUGUUUCACAAAGUGGGGCAGAGCAAAGUGCAAUUCAUGGCGGGUUACCUACUAGCUAUACGUGUCUCCGCGUUCGCCAAUUUCGAUCUCCUCGAAAAUUUGUACAGGGACAAGUGGGACAGAAGGGAAGCGGUCGCGGAAGAAAACUCUAAAUUCUGCUUCGGCGUAACGAUGAAAUACAUGGCGACCGGAUUCCUGUAUAGCCACUUUCGUACAUGGCCUACCGCGGCACAGCGACGAGACAUUUCAGAGAUCGCCUCAAACGUUGAACGUACCUUCAAGACCGGCCACCGUCUUGCGACCAACGUAAGCCUCGUUGCCUCCGUUACGAAAUUCGCAGACAUUCAUCGAGCGCUGGACGUAAACAAGACUUACGAACACUUUGAAACAAUGGGAAGCAAGUUCAUGAUCAAUCUACAGGCAGCGGUCAGAGCUUACAGGACGUCCCCCGGCGAAUAUAUCAGAAUAUCCGAUAUGGAUCUCUUUGGAAAUGACGUCGUCCUCUAUCGCAUGAACACAGCUACCAAUGACCUUUACUUCUAUCCUUACGCAUUCGUGCAGCCACUGUAUGACGUCGAUGGCCCCCUGGUGAGCAAAUACGCUGGUAUAGGUUCGGAGCUGAGCCUCGCCUACGCGAACCUUGUGCUGCGUAAUAAGGUUGCAGAAGGCAAUGUCUCUUGCAUGAUGAGAGCGAAUCCGAGAGUGAAAGAUCAAGCGCAGCUCGAGGACCUGUACAUUCGAACCGUGGCUUUGGAUAUCUCAUUGAAGAGCUGGAAGACAGCGGGUGCUAGUGCCAAGGAGAGAAGGCUGAGCGUUCCUCGUUUAACGAACGACCAGCUGUUCUUCGUCUUCCGUUGCUACCAUUUGUGCAGCAAUGUCAUGAAAUGGGAACAGGCGUGUAAUGUGCCCUUAAGAACUCGUCCUACGUUUAGCACUACGUUCGGGUGCCCGGACAGAACCUUCAUGAAAGCAGUUGAAGCUUGUCAGGCCCAGCAGUAUUGAAGGGCGGACGAGUAUGUAGUCCAAAGCGUGAUUUCUGCGAAGGACUAAGCCCAUGGGAAAAUUUAUGUUCUGCACCAAUUAAGGACCGAUGUGAAUGGGACGUCAGGACGUACUAUUUGCAAAUCACCACUUGCUUAGCUUAGUGUAUUCAUAAAUAGGAAUGUUCGAUAUUCUCAGCAAUACAAUAUGUUAA